UCGCUAGAUGUGUGUGAAGAUGUGUGUGUUUGUGUGUGUAAUUGAUAGUUUUUUGUCACUAAUUCACAUGUGAGAAUGAAUGGAUUUUAAGCAAGAUCUGGCUAGAAGACUAACAUUGAUAUCAGUGGCAUAAUAUAAGAAACUAUACAAAUUAAACAAAAAACUCACUUUCACGAGAUCCAAUUCCAAAAUCUUCCUUUCUUUCACUUUAAAAUUCCCACCCCACCAAAAAAAAUUAUAUACAAAACCCUAAUAAUAAUACUCCUCAUUCUGCAAUUUCCACCCCACUGCAAUGCCUCUCUCUCUCUCUCUCUCUAGAAGAAAAUUGUCAUGAAGAAAAACAUGUUUAGGGUUCUUGGCUGGAUGUAAUUAUUUCCCAUAAUACACUCCCAUGAGGGAUUUCAAGAUUCUUGAAAUUCAUAACUUUGGUGUCUAAUUAAGUGUUGAACAGCUGUUUAUGACUGCCCACAAAAAGUUCAAAAUUUCUUCACUAUAUAUAUUUAUCUAUAUACGCAUAUCAUCACCAGCCGUCAACAGGAAGAUAUAUAUUCAGCAUAUACACAUAUAUAUGUGUAUAGAGAGAGAGAGAGAGAGAGAGAGAGAAGGCAGAAAGCUGUAAUAAUUACAUCUCUUUUCCUUGGAUGAAAAUGGUGUAGAUAGAUUGACAGAUCCUACGAGGUGAGGCGCCAUAUAUAAAGGGCAGGUUUUGAGUGCCGAAAGCAGAAGCUAGCCAAGAAUUUUACAUACAUAUAUAUAGAUAGAUAGAUAGAGAAGGGCAGCAAAAAUGGCUUCUUCCUCCACCUCUCCCUGCGCAGCAUGCAAGUUCCUCCGCCGGAAAUGUCAACCGGAGUGCGUUUUCGCGCCGUAUUUCCCGCCGGACCAGCCGCAGAACCAACGUCCAGUCCACAAAGUCUUCGGCGCCAGCAACGUCACGAAGCUGCUCAACGAGCUGCGGCCCGCCCCCGUCUACGGCUGCGUAGGCGUCAUCUCCCUCCUCCAGCACCAGCUCCGCCAGCUCCAGAUGGACCUCAGCUGCGCCAAAUCCGAGCUAUCCAAGUACCAAAACCUCGGACUCUCCAGCCACGGACUCAUCGCCGCCGCUCACCACCACCAUCACCACCAGGGGAUCAACAUCCUCGGCGGAGGUGGCGGGGUCUCCUCCCGGGACCACCACCAUUUCCACCACCAGCUUUUCCCCGUCAACCAGCAGCAGGUUAUAAGAGCUUUCGAUGGCAGCAAUGGAUACGAUGCGAGUGGCCUUCUUGCUAUGAACAUGUCUUCCAGCAUCGGGCAGCUGAGUGGGUUCCAGCCGUCCAGGGCGGCGGCCGAUGGGCGGCGGACGCCGGUUGAACCCUCUUAGGGUUUUUGUUCAUCCAGCUUUAAUUAAGUGAAAGCCAAGAUCAUAUGGGAUUAUAUAGGUACAAACAGUACUCAAAAUUAAGAACACUUAUUUAAAUUAAUAUUGUUGUUGUUAUUGCUAA